AUGUCAACUCCGUCGAUUCGCCGUUGGUACCAUUGGUUCGCACCGACUGACAGCCCUGAAGAAAGAAAGUUGAUCCUCAAACUUGACUUCCUCAUCGUGCCCUAUGCUUUCAUCAUCUAUUGGGUCAAGUACAUCGACCAGAUCAACAUCAACAAUGCGUACGUUUCUGGAAUGGCCGAUGAGCUCGGCUUCCACGGCAAUGAACUUGUCCAGUUCCAGACCAUCUUUGUGGUGGGCAACGUAGUCGGUCUCUUGCCGUUUAUCUACCUGUUUCCAAGAGUUCCGAUGCAUGUGCUUUAUCGCGCCCAGAGCUACGCGGAAAUCAUGGCAUAUCGGUUCAUGGUGGCCAUCUUCGAAGCCUCUUACUUCCCGGGCGUCCACUUCGUUCUUGGUUCAUGGUAUCGAAGCGACGAAAUCGGUCGAAGAGGCGGCAUAUUCUACAUCGGCUUGACCCUGGGCACCCUGACAGCAUCCUUACUGCAAGCCGCAGCAGUGACAUACCUCGACGGAACCCACGGCCUAGCCGGCUGGCGCUGGCUCUUCAUCAUCAACGCAAUCAUCACACUACCUCUCGCGGUAAUCGGAUACUUUGUCUGGCCCGGAACGCCUGCGAAGCCAAACAAGCUACUAAUGAAGGAGUCCGAACUCGAGCUGGCACGCUCGCGUCUGGAAAAGGCCGGCGCAUCAGUCAAGAGCACACCCUUCUCCUUGAAUCUUUUGAAACGAGUCUUUACGAACUGGCGGUUUUACGUCUUGAUCAUCUGGGAUAUACUCUUCUUCAACACUAGUGCAAAUAGCGCUGCCUUCUUGCUGUGGAUCAAGAGUCUCGGCAGAUACAGUACCGCUCAGAUGAACAACCUGGCCGCGCUCAGCCCCGGGCUGGGAAUCUUCUUCGUGCUGUUCAUCAAUUUUAGCGCAGAUCUGUGGAUUGGGCGACCAGCUGCGAUCACUCUGGCGUCAGCGGUCAAUUUUUCGGGACUGGUCAUAUUGGCGAUCUGGAACGUGCCGGAAGCCGCAAAGUGGUAUGCGUUUAGCACCACGUACUCUGCGGUGGCGGUCUCCUCGGUGCUGUACGGAUGGGCCAACAUCAUUCUCAAACACAACAUCGAGGAGCGGGCUUUGACAUUGAUCCUCAUGACGGCCAUCGCCACAUCCACAAACGCGUGGAUCCCGCUGUUUGUGUACCCAACUGUCGAAGCCCCAAGAUUUCCCAAGGGCUAUGUGUACUCAGCCGUCAUGGUUGUGCUGUUGGUCAUCAUGACGCAGGUUGUGAGGAUUUUGCUAGGUUCUCAUGGGGAGAAGAGGAUACGCAAAGCUCAGAACAGUGAUGGUACUGAGGUUUCCGGUGACGAGCAGCCAUCAACGACCUACCAGACGCCUGAACAGAAGGUGCCUACGCCUGUAGUUGCGGCAGUCUGA